AUGAGUACCAGUAUCAGGACCAGUAUGAGUACCAGUAUCGGGAUCAGUGUCAGGACCAGAAUCAGGGCCAGUAUCAGGACCAGUAUGAGUACCAGUAUCGGGAUCAGUUAUCAGGACCAGUAUGAGGAGCAGUAUCAGUACCAGUUUCAGGACCAGUAUGAGGACCAGUAUGACUACCAGUAUCAGCACCAGUAUGAGGACCAGUAUGACUACCAGUAUCAGCACCAGUAUGAGGACCAGUAUCAGGACCAUAUGAGUUCCAUGGUUGUGGAGGAGGCGAGAUGGGGCAGUCGUCACCUCCUGCAGGAGAUCUAUGACAACGAGUCCAAACUGUACUCUGAGCCUGAGAAGAACUGUACUGAACCAGCGAUCCAUGAGUUCCCUAGAGAUUACUUCACCAACCAGGAGCGAGCUGAAGGAGCUGUGGGCCUGCACGUCUUCUUUGCAGUCUACAUGUUCUAUGCCCUGGCGCUGGUGUGUGAUGACUACUUUGUCCCCUCACUAGAGAAGAUCUGUGAGCGUCUUCAUCUGAGUGAGGAUGUUGCAGGAGCGACCUUCAUGGCAGCAGGAAGUUCAGCUCCUGAACUGUUCACAUCUGUCAUUGGAGUGUUCAUCACUAAAGGUGAUGUCGGGGUCGGCACCAUUGUGGGCUCAGCCGUCUUCAACAUCCUCUGCAUCAUUGGAGUGUGUGGGAUAUUCACUGUACAGACGAUUCGUCUCUCCUGCUGGCCUCUGCUCAGAGACUCUGUCUACUACACCCUGUCUAUCUCUGCACUUAUAGUGUUCAUAUAUGAUGAGAAGGUGGUUUGGUGGGAAGCUCUCACGCUGAUCCUGAUGUAUUUCGUCUACAUUCUGAUCAUGAAGAUGAAUUCCUAUGUGGUUCGUUUCCUGGAGAUAAGGAAGAAAAACUCGCCGUCUCUGAGGAACGGAGCAGCCAGUAACGCUGAGCUGGACGAUGGAUGUGACGCUACAGCUGUUCUGUUAAAGAAAGCGAACCACCAUAGGAAGCCAUCAGUGCUGAUGGUGGACGAGCUGCUCUCAGCAUACCCCCAUCAGCUGUCCUUCUCUGAGGCCGGCAUGAGGAUCAUGAUCACCAGCCACUUCUCCCCCAGAACCCGCCUCACCAUGGCCUCACGGAUGCUCAUCACUGAGAGGCAGCGUCUGAUCAACACACGGACUUUGACCAAUGGAGACUCUGAUGUUCCUGGGAAAGGAGGAAGUAGGCGGGGCAUAGAAAAUGGGCUGUCCGGGGCAGAGAGGGGUGUCAAUGUUCACCAUGACGACCGAGAGGCGGGAAAUGAGACGGAGAACGAGGACAAUGAGAACAACGAAAAUGACGAAGAGGAAGAGGAAGAGGAUGGAGACGGACCCUUUGUACCCUUCCAGUGCCCAGCGGGGAUGUGUAACAAGCUGAAGUGGCUGCUGGCCUGGCCUCUGUGCCUGCUGCUAUACUUCACCGUCCCCAACUGCUCCACGCCUCGCUGGGAGAACUGCUUCAUGCUGUCCUUCGUCGCCUCCACCAUGUGGAUCGCCGGCUUCUCCUACAUCAUGGUCUGGAUGGUUACUGUCAUAGGCUUCACUCUCGGCAUCCCCGAUGUCAUCAUGGGCAUCACCUUCUUAGCAGCUGGCACCAGCGUACCUGACUGCAUGGCCAGCCUUAUAGUGGCAAGACAAGGACUGGGAGACAUGGCCGUGUCCAACUCCAUUGGCAGUAAUGUGUUUGACAUCUUGGUGGGGCUUGGUCUCCCCUGGGCUCUGAAGACCCUGGCUAUCAACUACGGCUCUGAUAUCAAACUGAACAGUAAAGGACUGAUCUUCUCUGUGGGGCUGCUGUUGGCGUCUGUGUUUCUGACUGUCCUCGGAGUUCACCUGAACAAGUGGACGCUGGACAAGCGUCUUGGUCUCGUGUGUCUCCUCCUCUACUCCGUCUUCCUGUGUUUCUCCUGCCUCAUCGAAUACAACAUCUUCACCUUCGUCAACCUGCCCACCUGUCGGGACGGCUGA